AUGGCCACCGCCGCCCACGUCGAGUUGAGCCCUGCCACGCCGGGUGUUUACCAUGUACCAGACCUCACAGCAGAAUCAUCCAAGAUUGGAAGUCAGCUCCUCCAGGAGAACCACGACAAGUACCACAUGUAUUUCAACAGGAGCGGGUUUCAUAACCACAUUGCACAUCACCUAUUGACCCUGUAUGCCCUUGGGGCCACACCUGAUGAGAUACAACGAGCCUUCGAUAACAACAAAACCAUGCAGAGACUACAAUUUCCAGUGGAGACACAGAACGUCCAGGCUAUGACUGAUCCUGACAAGUUUAAGGAAUUCCUAGGCAAAGAGCAAUACUUUCACGAUUUCGAAAUCUUCUUUCGCCGUGAGAUCGAGCUCAAAGGUUGGGAGACUGUUCUGAUUGAGCACGUCUUUGCCAGAACCGAACACGCCGACCGAAUGCUCGGGAGAAUGUUUGCUGGAUUCUUUCACCCGUUGAUCCACCUUGGGUUCGGGGUUGAGUUCAAACAGCCAGCUAUCAUUGUUGAGGCGCUUGCUCAAGCGGCUACACAUGACGGGUGGACUGCACAAUACCUGCAUGCGGCAGAAGAUGUCGCAGCAACGUCCAAAUAUUCGAAGAGCUUAGUCCAACUGAUUCAUGAAAGCUCCGAAAAUGAUACGCUGCGCGCCUCGGCCCAUUGGGAGGAUGGCAACAAGAUCCGGGACGGUGUUCUUGUCCGGGCUCCGGACGAAAUGAAGGCGCUUGCCGCCCAGUGGAGCGUCGAGCCUGACCAACUCGAACAGAAAACAGCAGAGAUGAUCAAUGCCGCUGUUUAUUUCACGGGAGCAGCACAGCGUCCGACUAAGCAGAUCAAAUUCGACUUCUUCUUCAUGCACUGUGUCAAUUGCGCGUUAUUCUUCUCCACCUUCAUCAAAGAGCCGUGGCUGAGCACGGAGAAUAAAUGCAGACUGCUGGAGUGGAAAGCUCGAUUGGAUCUUGCCAUGUAUGUUUCAAGGGGGUGCCCUGAGCUCCUGCUCGAUGAAAUCAAGAACUACAGACCCAAGAGACUUGAGGGCGGAUGGCGCGAUACAAUACUGCGAGUGAACAGAUUGCCCGAUGAUGGACAUGCCAGUAAGUUAGUCCGUGCCCUGGCGAAUGGUGAACAAGCAUGCAAGGCUUUUGACACCGAAUCGGACGAGAUCUUCCCCAUCAAGGGGGACAUGUGGUUGAAACUGGGGCAGAUGGCAAUUGACUCGGUGGAAGCAAGCGGUCCAAACUGGGUCAGGUCGGCGGGAUUCGAUGAAGCCUGGGAGAUGAUACCUGAGAGAGCGAGACUGUGA